GAUAUUACAUUGGAUGUGGACAGUCAUAUGUUUUGCAAACAAAAUUGAAGUCUUGUUUAACCAGUCUCUGCGAACUAUUGUGAACUUUAGUAAUCAUUAACUCAAUAAGGGACGUAUGAAAAAAUCGUUUGCGAGGAUAUGUUAUAGGUUUAAAUCCUGUUUAUAGUGCUGACAAAACUAAAGCAACAUCGAAGUACAAUAGAAAGUGUGUAUAUUUAUUGGAGAUUGGGAAUGGCACUUACCGGAAUAUGGAUACUAUGAAGCUCCAGUGUGAAGUGGAAGUCAUCAAUCGGAUGCUCCCAACCUUCGGUAUGAGGAACAGAGGGAAGGGCAACCGAGCAGUUCUGUCAAUAGGAAAACAAAAUGAUCGAGGCAUCAAAAACAACUCGGCAACCAUUCAUCUCUUGAUUUGUACAAUAAAAGACAAAUCGGGCUGUAAAUAUAAGCUGAAAGAAAAUAUAGAACAGUUUUUCACUAAAUUCGUGGAGGAGGGAAAAGCUACCAUCAGACUCAAGGAGCCAGCAGUGGAUGUCUGUCUAAAUAAGGCAGAUGUGAAUAAUUUGAGGAACUUCCUUUCAGCUUUAAGGCUGGCUCACCGAGGUAGUGAAAUAGACAGUAUAUCACUGUCCAACCUGACUCCAGUGAAAACCUCUGAAGUCGAAAAACCAAAAACCAAAAUGGUAAUAACAUCAAGAAAGGAUUAUCCUAUUACUACAAAUUUUCCAUACUCUCUAGAAUUUCUGCAGGUUUCCUUCUGCAAACUGGCACGUGUAGAUAUGCGAAUGCUUUGCCUACGAAGACUACGGAAACUAGAUCUUAGUAAUAACCACAUACGCAAACUUCCAGCUACCAUUGGAGACCUUGCUUGCCUAUCUGUGCUUGUUUUGCAUAAUAACUACCUGGAAACAUUCAGCAUCGGAUUGUGUAAUUCCACUUUGCAAAAAUCACUGCAAUUUUUGGACUUGAGCCACAACCAUUUACGAGCUCUCCCUCUUCAGUUUUGUCAACUGCAAGAACUCGUUCAUCUAAAGCUGGACGAUAAUGAGUUAGUCCAACUUCCUUACAGGAUAGGACAGCUAACUAAACUGCGCUUCCUUACAGCAGCACGCAACAAGUUGCCUUAUCUUCCGUGUGAUUUCCAGUUGCUGUGCCUUGAGAAUGUGGAUCUAUUUGGAAAUCCCUUUGAACACCCCAACCCUCUCAUUCCAACAAUACAUUUGCAGAUACCAAUGACUCUAUUAGAGUCUGCAGCAAGAGCAACAAUAAAUUACAGAAUUGCGUAUGGGCCUCAUGUCCUUCCAGCUCACCUGUGUCAAGAUCUGGAUUUGUUUAAAAGAUGCCUUUGCAGAAGACCUUGCCUGAACUCUUUCAUUCAAAUUGUCGUAAAUCUGAAUUUACAUCAGGUGUCCCAUACGGUGGUCCUGGUGGACAAUAUGGGUGGUACUGAAGCCCCAAUUCUCUACUAUUUCUGUUCUUUAACUUGUUACUCUCAGUUCCUUGAUAAGUAUCAACAACGUAACAGAUAGUCAUGAAAUGUUCAAGUUAAAUGGUAAACUGUGGAAUAUUCUGCCAACAUUAAUUUUUAACAAUCUUAAGCAAUGCAGUAACUUGAUGUACAUGUUAGCUGUUUUUCUAAGAUACCCAGCUUUGCUACAUACUACUUUGGUGAGUGAAGCUGAACAAAAUGUACAUUCUAGAACAUCGUGGCAAGGUUUUGGACUACAAAACUGAAAACAGUAUUUUUGGGACAAAGACAUUAACUUUAAAAGUUCUAUAUUUUAGGUCUUGAGUUAAAAUUAUCUUUAGCUGUUUGGCUACUAUAUUUUGUAUGUACUCUGGAAAAUUUUUGAUAGGAAAACUUGCAUUAGUAAACAAAGCAAUUUAAGUAGACCUUGAGACUAGAUUAAGUCAUAGAUAAUUGAACUUUAUAGAAAAAAUUGCACAGCAGUAUUCUGUGUAAAGAGAUCACUGUUUUCUUUUUGCAAUUCUUAAACCUAAAAUACAGUAUAUGCAUCUUUUUAUUGAGAAGACAAAUGUUUAAUGAA